AUGUCAGACAAAGAAGGUACAUUAAGCUCACCUACAACGAACGCUUCAGAGUCAAAUCUUCCUCAUUUCUGGCCCAAAAACCCCAGGGUGUGGUUCAGCCAAAUCGAGGCCCGCUUCGAGCUUCGACGCAUCACAUCGCAGCAGUCGAAAUACCUGAACGUCGUUUCAGCACUGCCGCCUGACAUCGCUGACGUCGUGGACGAUGUGCUCGCCUCCACUCUAUCGGAGAAGCCCUACGACGAACUAAAAAGCACCGUCCUGAAAUGUCUUGAGGUGUCCGAACAGAGCAGGCUGCAACAACUCCUGUCUCAUGAAGAGCUCGGUGACCAGCAUUCCUCACAACUACUCCACCGAAUGGGUCAGCUGCUGGGCCAACAAGCAUCAGAGGAGCGUCAAAAUCCAUUGCUUCGCGAGUUGUUUUUGCAGACACUGCCACAGUCAACACGGAUGAUACUCGCUGGCUCAGAUGACGUGACUCUCGAACGUCUGGCUCAACUCGCCAACCACAUCACCGACUGCACUGAGUCACCAAAAAUGUCUAUUGCUGCAACGUGA